CGCGCUACGAAAAGCAGCCUGCCCUGCUUGCGAGUGUGCGUGCGUGCGUGCGCGCGCGCGCUUUUACUUCUUGCUUCCUAUAAGCCGCAACGCCGCCGCUGCUUCUUUCCAGCAAACGUUUCAUCGCUUCCACACAACUCCCGAGUUCAUCUCGCGCUCGUUACAGGAUUAUUGCACUCCCUAGUCGCAUGCAUGCAGGAAAAGCGAGUCAUGGCAAUGUUUCCGAGCAAGGAGAUCAUCGUGAUGCUUCUUUGCCUUGGCAGUGCAGUGUCUCUACAAGUGAGCAUUACGCCCGCACAAGGAGAAGUCAGUGUCGGAGAGUCCAAGUUCUUUUUGUGUGAAGUUGUCGGUGCAGUGAAGGGAAUCGACUGGUUCUCACCGAACGGCGAGAAGAUUGAAUCCAACAGGCAGGACAUCACAGUGAUCCGUAACGACGAGACAUCCUCUACGCUCACUAUCUACAACGCUGUCGUCGACAACGUCGGCACGUACAAGUGUGUGGCCACCAGCGGAGACCAGCAAGCCGAGGCCACAGUGAACGUGAAGAUAUACCAAAAGAUUACCUUCAAAAACGCCACAUCACCGCAAGAGUUCACCCAGGGGGAUGAUGCUAUCAUUGUGUGCGAUGUGAUUAGCUCGCCACCACCCACUGUCAUGUGGAAAUACAAAAGGGCAAAAAUCCAGUUUGACAAAGAUGUUCGCUUCAAGAUGUUGGACAACAACCACCUGCAGAUCAGAGGGAUCAGAAAGGCAGAUGAAGGCGUGUACACCUGCGAGGGCCGCAUUAUGGCUCGAGGCGAGAUUGACUUCCGUGAUAUCAGAGUUGUAGUGAACGUCGUUCCCACUAUCAGAGUACGACAAGCAGAGGUGAACGCCACUGCCGACAUCAGCCACUCUGCCAUGCUGGCCUGCGACGCAGACGGCUUCCCCGAACCCACAAUUACAUGGACACGUUCUCUCAGGAGCGAGGUUCUUCUGGAGACCGGGGAUAAGUACAGCUUCAAUGAAGACGGCUCGGAGAUCACGAUAAUGGAUGUGAGGAAGCUGGAUGAGGGCGAUUACACCUGCAUUGCCAGGAACAAAGCUGGGACGAGCGAAGAAGAAGCCAGCCUCCGAGUUUUUGUAAAACCCAAAAUCACAUACUUGGAAAACCAAACCACGACGGAGAUGGAGGAGCAGAUCAGGUUGACGUGCGAGGCCACCGGAGACCCAACGCCAAGCAUUACAUGGAGCUUCGGUGCUCACGUCUUUGCCGAGGGAGAACAGGAGCAUCUAAAGAGGAUUUAUCAGGCAUCUUGGACUCGACCUGAACAACACAAGAGUGAAGACGGCAAUGUGGUGGCACGCAGUGACGCUCGUGUCUCCUCUCUGACGCUGAAGUACGUCCAGUACACUGACGCUGGACAGUAUCUCUGCAUGGCCAGCAACGCUGUAGGCCAGAGCUCCCAGUCCACGUUCCUUGAAGUGCGCUACGCGCCAAAAAUCCUGGGCCCAGUAGCAGUCUACACGUGGGAGGGCAAUCCUGCCAACAUCAGCUGCGAGAUCCUGGCUCACCCCAGUGAUGUGUCUAUCAUGUGGCUGCGAGAUGGACUCCAGCUGCCCAACGCCAACUCAACCAAUGUCAAAAUCUUUACCACCCCCAAUGCCAGCUAUCUGCAGGUUAACCCGGACUCCCAGAACGACUUUGGCAGCUACAACUGCACUGCAUCUAAUGAGAUCGGGACCGAGUCCAAAGAAUUCAUCCUGAUUCAGGCUGACGUUCCCUCGGCUCCCAUUCUCACCGAGGUGAAACCCUACUCCAGCACGGCCGAGGUGCAGUUUGAUGAACCUGAUUCUUCUGGAGGAGUUCCCGUGCUCAAGUACCGUGCCGAGUGGAGAGCAACGAGUAAAAACAACUGGGUCCAGCGUGUCUAUGAAGUCCGAGACGGGCUGAAAGCGGUCACAAUCACGGGCUUAAAACCAGACACGAAGUACGAAGUCAAGAUGUCUGCUAUCAACGGCAAAGGAGAAGGCGAGAGCAGCUCUUUGGUCGCCUUCAAGACAGAGCCUGUUCAAGGGGAGCCCAGUCCCCCUAAACUGGAGGGAGCACUACAGUCCAAAGGCAAUGCACUUAGAGUUAAAUGGAUCAAGCAGGAUGAUGGAGGUUCACCCAUCACACACUACCUCAUUCGGUACAAAGCUAGAAAGGAUUUGGCCUGGAAAGAUGAGUUCCGUGUCCCAAGCACAAGUGGACACGUCCUGCUCAGCGGCCUGGACUGGAACACCGAGUAUGACGUGACGGUGGUGGCAGAGAAUCAACAGGGCAGAUCACAGCCUGGUUCACUGAACUUCCGCACAUCCUCUGAGCCCUCCACCACUCCUGACUUCAUGGAGGACAGCCCAGGCCUGAGCACAGGGCUGAUUGUUGGGAUCCUAAUCCUGGUGUGUGUGGUCCUGUUGUUGGUCGUGGACGCCACCUGCUGCUUUGUCAACAAGUGUGGCCUGCUAAUGUGCCUCUGUGGCAAACCCGGGACCGGUCCGAAGGGCAAGGAUGUAGAAUCAGCAAAAACUGCAUUUGCGAACGACGACUCCAAAGAGCCCAUUGUAGAAAUGACGAAUGAGGAUGGGCUCACAGCCAAUCACGACGUAGGGGGGCACACAGAGCCAAACGAGACCACGCCCCUAACUGAGCCAGAGCGACAGACAGAAGUCACGUCUACAGUGGUGGACUUGCCCCUGUCCUUGGCCACCAACUCAGACACGGUCACUGACACAUUUGACCUGAGUCAGAGCAGCCCUGUUAGUGAGAGCACCACACUCACCUCCAGCCUCACAGCUCCUCCCUCUGAGCCCAAAUCCACCCCGAAAACCUCCAGACCCUUAGACAGUUCCCUCCCCUCAUCAGACCCUCCCUUAGUCGAUCUGGCUGAUUCUCAGGGCAGUAUGCAUUCAGAUGGUCAGAUUAAAUCUGUAGAACUCGACACGCAGCCUCUAGCUUCUCUUACUCUUAGCACUGAGAAGGAAGCUGGAGAUCUGGAGGCAGAGCCAAUGCUUUUAGGAAGCCCGUGUGAGACCAGCACGAUUGUCCCUAAUCCGCAAGCCAGUGGUGGCCCUUUCUCCUCAGAGGAUCUUGAGCUCCAAAUAGAUGGAGGUGCCUCACAAACACAUUUCCCACAGGGCGGCUUACACUCUCUUGCUACAGUUGCCUCCGCAGACCCACCAGCUCCACAAAACGAGAAAAUCCUGGAGAAUGAGGAAAUUAAAGCCGAGGACGGAGAGCUGAAGAAGAUCCAGCCAGAAGCCCAGGCAGAACCAAACGCGGUGCUGCAAACGCACACCGUUGAGAGCAAGGCAUGAUCCGACAAGCCCAAAGACGAAGCGCGGCAACGUCACGAUGAACACGCAAACCGUUCUCUCUUACAGUGCCCUUAAUGAUUUUUUGUUUCUGAAACAGAAAAGUGUAUCAGAAGCUUGUACAUUUCUAAGACUGAGAUUUGGUGUACAUGAUGUACGUAUGCUUUUUUUUUUUUUUUUUUUAUUUUCACAUUCGUUCUGGUUAAAUGAAGCAAAACCUCACAGCGUUUCUGUUGCUCUUUUUACGUGAGUUGGCUGCACAUUUCAAGUGUUUAUGAAAACCAGGCAUCUCGCAUUCAGGUGAAUCACAGCACAUAUUCGCUGCUAGUUUAUAUCGUAUCUUUAUUUUAUUUACACAUUUCUUUGUCGAAAUGGAAAUUAUGACUAUUUUUUAAUCCCAGUUUUCCGAGGGCUAGUCUCGUUUAAUAGUUCGAUCAAAAAUCUUGUUUACGCUCUGUUGCUUUUUUCUUCUUUCUUGUUUGUAUUUGUUUGUUAACUGAUGUUUGAAGAUAUAUAUUGGAAAAACCCACUUGACUUCAUAAUGCAGUUAAACACAGUGACCAAGUAGUAUUCUAAUCACCAGGUUAAUUCAUAUUGUUAUUUCACAUCUAUAGGAAUAUAAUUGUUAUUUUUUAUUAUUCUCUGAGAACUGAAAUUGAAUUUUUUGUUUGUUUGUUUGUUUUUUCUUCAAAACAUUGCUUUGUGAAAACUUUGAACAGAAAUAUGACCAUUUUUGUACCGUGUCCCUCCGGGUGAAACGUUUGUAUUACUCAGCUGACUGUAAGCUUGUGCACUGUGUUUGUGUAUUCUGUAUGUUUUUUUUUUUUUGAUUUAAUUUAAUUUUUUUGAGAAUGUCCGCAUAGCUUAAUGGUAAAAGGUAGGCAAUUUUUAUUUGGAUAUAUAAUGAUGUAAAUUCGAUAGCCGACAUCCAUCUGUGUAAAAGAGGAUCGCUAUGACACUCCUAUCAUUUCAAGUGUUCUUGAUUCUCCACUACCAAUUGCAUGAAAGUCUGCUUUGCCCAUCACUGAUGUUCCAGGAAAAGUGUAGGGCACAGAUGGCAGAUUUGAUCUAUACGUGCAUGCCCAGAGCCGUGUGUAGGUUGACUUUUUGGUGUUCAGCGUGCUAUAUAUUUCCAUCCAGCAGCAGAUAUUCAGUCUCUGGGGUACAAAUAACAAAAGUGUAAUUAUCUGUGCUCAAGAAAUAUAUAUAUACAUACUUUAUAUAUAUAUAUAUUUUCUUUUAUUAUUUUACCCACUUUCAAUAUACUCAGCCAGUCUAACCAAACAGUGUGCCGUGUAUUUCUGAGAUGGAUUCUUAUGAGGAAGUAAGGACAGUAGGACAGUGAGUAAAACUGUGCUUUAAUCUGUUAUGCAUAAAAACAUGUCAUAAGUUGUGUUGUUCUAACACAUUUUGAUUAAACUAAAAUGCAAGGCUA